AUGGCUACUGCUGAAUAUUUCAUCACCGUCAAAAACAAGACGGGAAAGACCAAAAAUUACCUUUUCUUCAACCAAGAGCCCGGAGAGUCUAGCUCCGUUGGAAAGAUCUACACCAACGUCUGGAUCAGGUCUCCCGGAGUUCCAUCUCCCAAUGGCAGAGCUGACUUCCACGUCAAGGUGGCAAACUUUGCCAUUUGUGGGACGACGCCAAACCUGAUCGACUAUGGUGUUGUUGUCGCGACAAGCAAUUUCGCGCCGGUAGAGCUUACCACUAACGCGAAGAAGGGUACGGUUCCCUUGAUGGACAUCGUGAACGAAGGACCUCAAUUCAUUGCGCCAUAUGGGGAAACCGACAAGGAUAACUCGUUCGGUAUCCAACUACGGUUUAUUGCGGAUUCGGCAAGCUCAACCAAAAGGAGGAAGUUGUCCCAGUCGCUGUUUGGCGAGCCUCACCCUCCGAAAAAUACAUACUCACUCCGAAAGUCACCUAUUAUGUCAGCACAGGUGAUUAACUAUAAAGCUGGCGAAACGGUAGAUGUUACUCAGAUUGGCGCCAUUUCGACGAUUGACUUCACCACCGCCAAACCAGGCCAGACCGUCGCGACGAUCACUCAUAAGGAAGACGGGAGUUACUCUAAGCCCGAGUUCAGCUAUCCUGAGAAGCGCAAGCCGUAUGCCUAG